CCCCCCAAACAAAGCAUGAAGAGUUGUUAAGUCGAAAAUGGAGCCUAUAUUUUUCAUGCUGAUUGUUACUUACAUGAUCUUUGGAAACUCAGAAAGUUUUCAGAUUAUCCACAUCCAGAAACAACAAUGUCUUUUUGAAAGUAAGAUAGUAUCUGUGGCCAUGUGCAAUGUGACCAGUCAAAACCAGCAGUGGAUGUGGACAGAGGAUGAAAAACUUCUCCAUGUUAAAUCUUCCCAGUGUUUGGGCAUCUCCAAUUCCUUAGCCUCCCAUUCUCGAGCUGCCAUCUUCUUGAACUGCUCUCAGGCACCCACAUGGACUUGCCAUGACAAAGAAGGGUAUCUUGAAGUGACAAAUUCCUCUUUCUUCCUCAAGAAACAAGGCAACAGGGUAGUGGUCAAGAGGGGCAGGAAAUACCUCCAUAGCUGGAUGAAAAUAGAUAUCAAUGAGAAGGGAGAAUCUACCAAUGAAAACCUCUGCUUAAAGAAAGCUCAUCACAGUGGAGAAAUUUUAGCUAGGAUCAUUAGAAACACUACUCCUCCAAAGAUUCCCAUUACCACAAAUGCUGUUACCUAUGACCCCAAAAACCUGAUUGGAAAUGUCACAGAGGUUCUAGCAAGGGAUGCUACAGAAAACUAUGACAUAAGCAGCACUGGAAAUCCUCACGUGCAGAUGACUGGUAUUACAAAGGAACCUUGGGCACCCACAACUACUCAACAGUACCUCAGCACCACAGUAGAGGAGGGAGAGAGGGAGACAAACAAGGAAGGAAGGAGAAAGAUACUCAACAAAUAUCUGGAGAUGAAAUUUCCCCAGAGCUGCUAUAAUAUGCUGCCAUGCCUGAUGUGUCAUCUUUUUCUUCCUUUCAGCCAAGUAUUUUCUUGUAAAAUAUCACCACAAUACCUCAGGCGUUGGCUCCUCGAGGCGCCCUCCUUUCCCGGAGCAUUGUUUCUUUGCCGGGAGACAAGGAAAUUGCCUUUUGAUUGCGGAAGUCCGUGGAAAGGGCUCAGGCUAGCGGCAGCGCGGGUCAGUAUGGCAGCGUGGGAAGGGCUGCGAGCUGCCUGCUCCCGCUCCUUCUCGCGUCCGCAGCCCGCCGAGAGCUGCAGCUGUAGCAGCAACAGUAGCAGCAGCAAGAGUGGCCCCUGUCCUGGCACAUCCCAGUACUCCUCCCGGAGAAAACCUCAAGAAGCGGAAACACUGAUGGCAAUGCCGAGCUAUGGAGCCAGGUUGGCAUUAUGGAUGGCAUUGAACCUGAUGCAGAAUGGCCUAGGAGAACCGUUGAGAUGCGACAUCAACCUGACCCAAGCCAAGGUCUCCAGCAGGUCUGCCAGUCUCAGGUGGAGCACAGAAGGGUCACCUUGUAACUUUAGCCUCAUCUCCAAUUCCGACACUUCUGGGAGUGCCCUGUGCUACCCUAUGCGGAUUGCCAACCAUACCUAUGAAUGCAACCCCCAGGAUUUACAAAGUGGAACAACCUAUCAUUUCAGGAUUGUGUCUCAGGAUGGAGAUACGAGGGUCAUCUCCUUGCAAACAGUUCCCUUACCUCCUGCAAGGUUUGAGGUUGAUAUGGACAAGACCACUUCCACAAGCUUGCACGUUUGGUGGACCCCAUCUUUAGGAAAGAUUGAUUCGUAUGAGCUACAGUUGUUCAAUGAUAAGAACCAGAAAAUCCAGAGGACUGUAAUUCCAGAAAAUACUUUACAAAAUGAAAAUGUGUUUUCCAAUCUCACUGCUGGUAGCAAAUAUUAUUUUGCCAUUCAAGCUAUUUCUGGAAAUAAAAGUAGCUCUGCAAUUCACAUCAGUGGAUCUACCGUACCAUUUCCAGUUAAAGCUAUCCAAACCUACCCCAAGACUGAUACUCUCCAAGUGUCCUGGUCCUUAGGUGCUGGAAAUGUGGAUCAAUAUAGAGUGAUAUUACUGGAGAAAGGGAGAACAGUUUACAACAUCAGUACACAAAAGCAUGUUAAUACCUAUACUUUUCAUGGACUGAGCCCAGGCCAUCUCUACAAUCUCACAAUUGUAACUGAAGCAGCAGGGCUACAAAACUACAAGUCUAAAUUAAUUAGGACAGGUAAGUCCGAAGUUAUGUGUCUCUUAUUUUCUUUUGUUUUUCCCAUAGUGCCACAGCCUGUUGUACAGCUCCGAGUAAAGCAUGCCAAUGAAUCCUCUCUGAGCAUCAUGUGGUUGACCCCUGUAUCCGAGUGGGAUAAAUAUGUCAUUUCACUGGCAGACAGGGAUCUCACACUUAUCCAUAAGGCAUUAUUCAAAGAAGCCAAAGAAUUCACUUUCACAGACCUAGUGCCUGGAAGAAAGUAUGUUGCUACAGUCACCAGCAUCAGUGGAGAUUUGAGAAAUUCAACAUGGGUAGAAGGAAGAACAGUGCCUGCUCAAGUGACUGGUUUGAAUGUGUUCAAUCAAGGGACAACCAAUAGUUUAUUCACCAACUGGACUAGAGCACAAGGAGAUAUUGAGUUCUACCAAGUUUUACUAAUCCAUGAAAAUGUUGUUAUUAAAAAUGAUAGUGUGUCCAGUGAGAUCAGUAGCUAUAGCUUCCACUCACUCAAGCCUGGUAGCCUCUAUUCAGUGGUGGUUACUACAUUCAGUGGAGGGAUAUCUUCCCGACAAAUGGUGGGAGAGGGACAAACAGUCCCUGCCAGUGUUAGUGGAGUAACACUGAAUAAUUCUGGUCGGAGUGAUUAUCUCAGCAUUUCCUGGCUACCAGCUCCUGGAGAUGUAGAUAGCUAUUCUGUGACUCUCUCUCACGGUGAUAAGAUUAUUCAGUCUCUUGCUAUUGCAAAAUCCACCACCGAAUGUUCCUUCAGCUCCCUUACUCCUGGCCGACUGUUCAACGCGACUAUAACAACAAGAAGUGGCAAGUAUGAGAACCAUUCCUUCAGCCAGGAGCGCACAGUGCCUUCAAAGAUCCAGGGACUUACUAUUAGCAACUCAGCCAUGAGUGACCAUUUGAAAGUAUCCUGGCUGCAUGCCACUGGAGACUUUGAUCAUUAUGUGGUUGUCAUAACCAACAAGAAUAAUUCUGUCCAAACCAAAAUCAUCCCCAAGACUGAAAAUGAAUGUGUCUUUGUUAAUCUUGUCCCUGGGCGUCUAUACAGUGUCACUGUUAGUACCAAGAGUGGGAAUUAUGAAGCCAGUGAGCGGAUGAAUAAGAGAACAAUCCCAGAAUCUGUGAAGGAGUUAGUUAUCCAAAAUAGGAGUACAGAAGAGCUACAUGUCACUUGGGUGCAGGCUGAUGGAGAUGUUGAUCAGUAUGAGAUCCAGCUUUGCUUCAAUGAUGUAAAGGUCCUCCCUUCCCUUCACCUUGUAAAUACUGCAACUGAGUAUCGGUUCACAUCCCUAACUCCUGGACGUCUGUACAAGAUUCUUGUUUUGACAAUCAGCGGAGAUGCACAAAAGUCAGCCUUCAUUGAGGGCUUAACAGCUCCCAGUCCUGUAAAAAAUAUACACGUUUCUCCUAAUGGAAUGACAGACAGCCUGAAAGUGAAUUGGACACCUGGUGGAGGAGAUGUGGAUUCAUACACAGUGACAGCAUUCAGGCAAAACCAUAAAAUUGAUUCACAAACCAUCCCCAAGCAUAUCCAUGAAUACACAUUUCACAAAUUAGAAGCUGGGGAAUUGUACCAAAUUGUGGUAGAGUCUGUCAGUGGUUCCUUAAGUAACCAGGUAGAAACUCUUGGUCGAACAGUGCCUGCAUCUGUCCAGGGAUUAUAUGCAGAUAAUGCAUACAGUAGUCACUCACUGAUAGUGAAUUGGCAAGGAGCAGCUGGCAUGGCAGAGAGAUAUGAUAUCCUGCUUCUAAAUGAGGAAGGAGCUCUACUGUGCAACAAAUCAGAGGUGGCUUCAGCAAAGCAACACAAAUUUGAAGAUUUAAUACCAGGAAAGAAAUACAAGAUACAAAUAUUAACUGUCAGUGGUGGUCUCUUCAGUGCUAGAGCUAAAACUGAAGGCCGGACAGUUCCAGCAGCUGUGACCAAUCUGAGGAUCACAGAGAAUUCCACCAGCCACUUAGCAUUCACUUGGACAAUCUCUGAGGGAGAACUAAACUGGUACAACAUCUUCUUAUACAAUCCAGACAAGACACUUCAGGAGAGAGCGAAGGUGGACCCUGGAGUUGAGUCUUGUGCAUUUCAGAACCUGAUGCAAGGCAGAAUGUACAAAAUGGUUAUUGUCACUCAUAGUGGGGAGCUUUCAAAUGAAUCAUUUAUAUUUGGUAGAACAGUUCCAGCCCCAGUGAAUAAUCUCAAGGGAUCCAACCAAAAUAUGACAGAUAGCCUCUGGUUCACCUGGAGCCCUGCCCCUGGGGACCUAGAUUCUUAUGAACUGAUUCUUUAUAACCCCAAUGGCACACAAAAGGAAAAUUGGAAAGCAAAAGAUCUUAUGGAGAGACAUUUCCAUAACCUUGUUCCUGGAAGAAAAUAUACUCUGAGUGUGGUGACUCAUAGUGGUGACCUUACCAAUACCAUCAAUGCUGAGAGUAGAACAGCACCAAGGCCUCCCAGUACUUUGUCCUUUGCUGACGUGGCAAAUACUUCCCUGGCCAUCACAUGGCUGGGUCCACCAGAUUGGACAGAUUAUGAUGACUUUGAGUUGCAGUGGUUUCCAAGAGACCAACUCACCAUCUUCAACCCCUAUAGUAACAGAAAAUCAAAGGGGCGCAUUGUAUACGGUCUUCAUCCAGGGCGAUUCUAUCAAUUCAGUGUUAGGACUGUUAGUGGUGAAUCCUGGAAAACCUACAGUCAACCCAUUUCUGGAACAGUGAGAACAAGACCAGACAAGAUACAAAAUCUACAUUGCCGUCCACAGAAUUCCACAGCCAUUGCCUGUUCCUGGAUUCCUCCUGAUUCUGACUUUGAUGGGUACAGCAUUGAAUGCAGGAAAGUAGACACAGAGGAGGUGGAAUUCUCCCGAAAGUUGGAUAAAGAUAAAUCCCUACUCAAUAUUAUGACUUUAGUCCCCCACAAACAGUACCGUGUGUCCAUCAAAGUACACUCUGAGGGUAUGACCAGUGAUGUCGUGGAAGAGACCACAAUCACUAUGAUUGAUCGCCCUCCUCCUCCACCUCCAAAUAUUCGUGUGAAUAAAAAGGAUGUACUAAUUAGCAAGUCUUCCAUCAACUUUACUUUUAAUUGCAGCUGGUUCAGUGAUACCAAUGGAGCUGUGAAAUACUUUACAAUAGUAGUGAGAGAGGCUGAUGGCAGUGAUGAGCUAAAGCCAGAGCAACGUCACCCCCUGCCUUCCUACUUUGAUUACCGCCACAAUGCAUCAAUCCAUGUCUAUCAGACCAACUAUUUUGCAAGCAAAUGUACAGAAAGUCCUGAGAUCAACUCAAAGAGCUUUAACAUUAAACUUGGAGCAGAGAUGGACAGCUUGGGUGGUAAAUGUGAUUCAGAUCACCAAAAAUUCUGUGAUGGUCCCCUGAAGCCCCACACUGCCUACAGAAUCAGCAUUCGGGCCUUCACUCAAUUAUUUGAUGAAAACCUGAAGGAAUUUACAGAGCCACUUUUCUCAGAUACAUUUUUCUCUUUGCCCAUCACUACUGAAUCAGAACCUUUAUUUGGAGUUAUUGAAGGAGUGAGUGCUGGAUUGUUCCUAAUUGGCAUGCUGGUGGCAGUCAUUGCCUUAUUUAUCUGUAGACAGAAAGUGAGCCAUGGUCAGGACAGACCGAUUGCCAGACUCAGCAUCCGUAGGGACAGACCACUGUCUGUCCAUCUCAACCUGGGGCAGAAAGGAAAUCGAAGAACUUCUAGUCCCAUAAAAGUUAAUCAGUUUGAAGCACACUUCAUGAAGUUACAAGCAGAUUCCAACUAUCUUCUCUCCAAAGAAUAUGAGGAUUUAAAAGAAGUGGGUCGAAACCAAUCAUGCGACACAGCCCUGUUGCCUGAGAACAGAGGGAAAAAUCGAUACAACAAUAUACUACCUUAUGAUACAACAAGAGUGAAGCUUUCUAAUGUUGAUGAUGACCCUUGCUCAGAUUAUAUCAAUGCCAGCUAUAUACCAGGCAACAACUUUAGAAGAGAAUACAUUGCUACUCAAGGGCCCCUUCCUGGCACCAAAGAUGACUUUUGGAAAAUGUCAUGGGAACAAAAUGUUCACAAUAUUGUAAUGGUGACUCAGUGUGUUGAGAAGGGUCGGGUAAAAUGUGAUCACUAUUGGCCAGCAGAUCAAGAUUCUCUUUAUUAUGGAGACCUUAUCGUGCAGAUGCUGUCAGAAUCUGUGCUGUCAGAAUGGACAAUCAGAGAAUUUAAAAUAUGCAGUGAGGAACAGCUUGAUUCAAAUAGACUCAUCCGUCAUUUUCACUAUACAGUCUGGCCAGAUCAUGGAGUUCCAGAGACCACCCAAUCACUGAUCCAGUUUGUAAGGACGGUCAGGGAUUAUAUUAACAGAACACCAGGAACCGGGCCCACCAUUGUGCACUGCAGUGCUGGUGUGGGGAGGACAGGAACCUUCAUUGCCCUGGACCGCAUCCUGCAACAGUUAGACUCCAAGGACUCUGUGGACAUUUAUGGAUCAGUGCAUGAUCUCAGGCUUCAUAGGGUUCACAUGGUUCAGACAGAGUGCCAAUAUGUAUAUCUACAUCAGUGUGUGAGAGAUGUCUUAAGGGCCAGGAAACUUCGUAGUGAACAAGAAAACCCUUUAUUUCCAAUCUAUGAAAAUGUGAAUCCAGAGUAUCACAGAGAUGCUGUCUAUUCAAGGCAUUAAGAAUGUAGCAGAGAUCUCUUUGGAAUAACCCCAUUCACUGUGUGAUUUUGUUGUUGUUGUUAAGCUCCAUAUCCUAGAGAAGUGACAGAUAUUUCUGUUUAUAUUGUAUAUAUUUUAUUAGUCAAGUAAAUUUUAAAAGAAUAUGUAAUUUAAAUGUAAUAGUUAUUAUUAUUGUACAUAAUUUGUAUUUUGAUAUUCUUCUGUAAAUAAGUAUUUUUCACAAUGUUUUGAUAUUAAUCUUCAGAUAAUACUAUUUUUUCAUCCUAAAGUUUUUAUAAACUGUUCCACAUAAAUGGUUUUAACCUAUAUGACAAGAACAUUUGUGAAAUGUCUAUACUGGCUUUUUUAUUGUCCCUUAAUGUCCAGGGAUAAUUUUUAGUGGGAGGUGAGGGGUGUUUGACAUUCAAAGAAGUAGAAAAAUCUCAAGAAUGGAUAGCAACCUAAAAGGAAAACUAUACAAUCUAAAUCCAAGUCUAUGCAAUGAGAAAUGCCAAAUGAGAAGAUUAAUCAAGCUGAUGCAUUCUAAUCAUCUUAACUACCAAAUAGAAAGUAUCAACAGAGCUCUUCCAUCAAUGUGCUAUGUCUUCCCUGGCCCUCACCAAUAAUUUCCUAAUGGCUACCCUAGUGUCGGUGUAAUGAUAAAUAUUCAUUUACAGAGAGAGUCCUAAACCAAGAUAUUGAAGACUUUUAGUGGGUUUUGCUCUGAACAAAAGCCAAAUUCCACAAUAAAGAAAAAUGCCCAUAAUAACUCAUCCCCUGAAAGCCUGGUAACCACAGUAGCAUGAAAAAGCAGUUUACACACUACUACUAGUAUCUAUUUCAUCUCAAGUUUAAGGAUAUCAAUAUGUGUCUAUAUAAAAAGUGUGUAUAUAAGGGGGGUCACUAUUGACAGGCAAUCUCUUUUAUCUAUUAUAUUCAUGUUUGAAUAUUUAUGUGUACAGCAGGUAAUCCUCUAAUUUACAAGUGUUAUAUUUCUAUAAAAGGUGCUUUAAAUCAUAAUGAUGUCAAUUUGAUCUUAUUUUCUCCAAGUCAGAAUUAUGAGAAAAAAGGUUACAUUAGAGACCUAAGACCUGGUGUCAAGUUUUCUUAGAAAUGAUCACAAGUAUUAUGUUCAAUUUAUAAUUCCAAUUGACACUUGUAUACCAAAUGAUGUGUACUUUAUGUACUGUCCAAUACAAAUAAAGCAGAUAAUAUGAUGAUAAGUUACUUAAAUGUAUAUUUUAUAGGGUGAAUUUAUCUCUACAUAAUAUACAAAGUCAUUAUCUUACUUUUCCAUAAUUACUUCUUACUUUUUUUUACUAUAACAAAUCCCUCAAAGUGAAAAAACACUUUUACCAAGAUCUCUUUCUCUCUCUCUCUCCCUGUCUCUCUUUCUCUCUCUGAUUCUUUCUCUCUCAGAUUCUUCCUCUCUCUCUCUGUUUCUGUCUCUAUCUCUCUUUGUCUCUCCCUUUCCAUUCCUCCUUCUCUCUCUUUUCAUUCUGUAUGUAUAUGUCUGUUUCUUUUUGAAGAGAGUUAGAGAUCUUUUUGCCAUAUUCACAUAAGCAUUUUAUGCUCCCAUCCUCUAGUUUAUCAAUAUCACCAUGUAUAUAAUUGCCAAAGUACUUCAAGGGAUGAGAAAGCUCUAUUUAUAUAAAUGGACACAUAGCUAGGAAAAGUCUUCCAGAGUAAUUUGUAAUUCAUAUUAGGGAACAAGUUAGUUACAGUAGAAAGAAUAAUCAGAUAAAAACCAGAAUUAAUUUAAGGAUUAAGAACCUUAUUAAUAUAAGGUUCUGGAAAUUUCACAGUUCACUUUUAAUUAGCCUAUAUUCAAGGCUGCAUUAUAUUGUGACACUGUGUCAAGACAAUGGGAGAUAAGAAAGAAAAUAUGAGUAUGUGAGAGUAAGUAAAAAAAGACAGAGGAACAGGAAACAAACCAGAGUGUUCAAACUUUCAUAAUGAAAAUAGUCUUAAGCCACUAACUGUUUGUUGUCAUUUUUAAGUCAUUUCAGUUAGGCAACUUUUCAUGACCUCAGUUGUCAUAUUCUUGACAGAGAUACUGGAGUAACUUGCCAUUUCCUUUUCCAGCUCAUUUUUCAGAUCAGGAAAAUGAGGCAAAUGGGGUUAAGUAACUUACCCAGAGUCACACAAUUAGUGAAUGUCUAAGGCCAGAUUUGAAUUAAAAAAGAUAAGUUUUCCUGUCUUCAGGCCUAACACUCUACUAACUAUUUACUAUUUUACUAUAUUUGAUUACUAUUUUACUAUAUUUACUAUUUUAUAACUGUUUUUGAAAGGUUAUAUAGUCUGGAAUCUUUAACUUUUUUUUUUUUUUUUUGGGGGGGGGUAGGCCUGGGAUUUUAUCUUGGUAGGAAACUCCCUGUGUGAGCAUUCCCUUCACUUAUGAAAAUCCUCAAACUCAUGUGUAACCUCUUAGUUUUAGAAAGUUGCUUCAGAAAUUGAGGUUAAGUGACUUGCCCAGUAUCAUAUAGGUAUCUAUCAGAGGAAGUUUUCCUGACUCUAAGAUGGACUUUCUCUCUAUUAUACCAUGGUGCCUCCAAUUUAAUAUUGCCUUCACAUUAAUUCAUGGAAAGACAAUGAAUUUUUUUCUAUGAACUGAAUGUUCCAAUUAACAUUAUGAAUCCAUCAUAUUUAAAAUAAUGUUUUUCAAUUAAGUUUGAGAGAGUAAAACAGCAUAUUAGUCAUAUAAAUGAUUCAGUCUGAUAAUAGCUAUAUCCUCAUAAAGUCCCAACCCUAAAAAGCCUGUUAAUUGCUCAAUACUAAGUCAUCUGAACCUGGGGAAGAAAUAUAAUUAAUUAUAUUAAUUAAUUAAAGUCAAAUAGCUCUUCAUCCCCAGUCUAUGGUGGUGAAUACAGCUUAGAUAUUGAAUGAGAUCUGAGAGGUAGAAAGAAGGUUAUGAUAAAGACAAGACAAAUGAGUUCUUUUAGUCUGGUCCAUAAAAAAUGAAAUCUAUUCCUUUCUAAUUUUAAAUUUCCCUAGCAACAAAUACUUCAUUACUACCCUGAAAUACUAAAUACAUCCUCUAGCUGAUCUGUUUUGUUUUUUAAAAAAUUUCCUUGAUAGUCAAAUUUUAUGUAUUUUCAUUAAAGCUUAUUUUUUAAAUAAUCCAUUACUUCUAUUGGUAUGCACUCACCUGCCUAUUUAUUCAUUGCUUGUAAUCACUAUAUCCUGGUGCUUCCCAGCUAUCAAAUGUUAGGAGACUAUCACACAGCAUCCUAGCAAUCAUUUAUCCAAACUUUAAUUAGCUUCUUCAACUUUUUAUUAAAUCAAACCUUAUUUCUUAUUAUCCUGUUGUACUUCUCUGGAUGGCCGCCAAUUUUCAGUUUCAUAUAACUAGGGGUUCUUAACUCUUCUGGCAAUCUGGAGAAGCCUUGGGAUUGCUUCUCAGAAUAAGGUUUAUUAAUAUGUAAAACAAUGCAGAUUACAAAGAAAACUAAUUCUAUUAUAUUAUAGUUCUUAAAAUAUUUUUAAAAACAAAUUCAUGGACCCCCUGAAAUCUACCAAAGGAUCCCUUGGGAGAAGAUUUGUGGACUCCAAGUUAUGAACCUCUCAUAGAGACCUUCAAAUAUUCCUGGAAACACAACUGAAAUGAUUUACCCACAUUUGUAAUAAAUGCCACAUGCUUCCUUUUAGAGAUCUUAAAUACAUAUUCUAAUUGAUCUAUAAGUGUAAGUUUUAAGGGUAAGAUUUGAAACUGGAUUCUUUUGAUUCCAGAGCCAGACAUUAAAAUUAAGCCUACAGAUUUGGGGAUACUUCAUCAAUGUAUUAUCAAUAUUCAUACCUCAGCCUCCAUAAUGGAGGAACCUGAUCUACUGAGAAAGACUUAAUCAGUUAAGAAAAGAACUGCAUCAAUCAGCUCCUUUGGUUUAACAGAGAAGGGAUCCUUUUCCAAAUAAGACUUUGUUGCACAAAACAACUGUGCCUUCUUAAAAGGAGAGAGUACUUUUUUCAUAAUGAAAGGCCCAAAUUUCUGGCAUAAUGUAUGUUCUUGAGAAGUCACAAGAGGUGAUGCUCUGGUUCCAUACCAAAAGUACUUUCUGGUGUCUCUAUUAAAAAGUGGUGAAGACUGAGAGUCAGUGUCAUAACUAGCUAGCAUAUGUAAGCAAAGAAAACAGUAUUCCUUUUAUUAUUCAAGAUGUUCUUCAAAAACAUUUUCAUCUAUUUUAACUAAAAGAUACUCCUUCUUCUCUUACUAUUAUGGAUAAGACUGUGAUUUCAUUAAUAUAGGUAAUUUCCAGGGGAGGAAAUUAUCUCUACCAAAGCGGUUUGGCACCUUUGCCCACUUAAACCUAUACAAAGUUAUAAUUUUUAACUGAAUAUUAGAUUGUGCACCUCUAGAAUAGGGACCCUAUCUUAUUUAUCUUUGCAUUUAUUACAGUGUAUCCUGUGUCAUCAAUGCCUAAUAAUGUUUGUUGAAUGUAUCAAUGGAUGGAUAGAUGAAUGAAAUAGUUUAGCCAGUCAACAAAUGAACUUGAUCAAAAAGUUGAUUUGAUUGAUUUUUUUCCUAUCAUAACGACCACUAUUCAACUUAAUUGGCCUUUUGGUUUACUGUGCAAAGUAGUCUUCAAAACUAUGUGGCUAUUUUCAUAACUUUUUAAUAUAAUUUUUCAUAUAACCAUGAUUGUAAAAAUCUGUUUGGCUCUAAAAAUGUUUUUAGUCAAUAGAAAUAUUUUAUUCUAAGAUAACCACAGUUGACUUAUAAGGAGAAUCCAAAAGGAAAAGAAAUAAUUUCAAUAUUUUUUGUUAAGAUGAUUUUAUUUAGUGUGUGUAUUAGGUGUAUGUCUGCAAACAUAUUUGUGUAGUCACUCCCAUUAAGAUAAUUUACUUAAUGUUCUUAUACACAGCAAUUCAUGCAAUAGAAAUAAAAGGUACAUUGCCAGUUUUGCUGAAUCUUUUUUUUAUAACCCAUAUGCCAAUGCUUUAGAAAGUCUUACUAUCACAUGUAAUACUAAUAUAAUUAUGCAAAACAGAACAAGUCAUACUGUGAACAAUGUCAGACAAAUUCAAAUUUUGCUGCUGUGAUUAUUUAUGUAGCUUAAACAUGAUGGUGAUUGCAACAAGAGGUAUUUUUGAUCCCCAAAUCACGUCUUUAAAUAACAUCUCUUAGGAAUCAUCAUUCUUCCAAUAUAAACAAAGCUUUCUUUUAUAUUCUCAUUAUAUUUUGAUGAGAGUGAUGGGUGUUCAAGAAUAUCUUGCUGUGAAAAGCUUUGAGACUUUAAGAGUUUUCAUAGCAGAAUUGCCCAUAUUUAUCCAUUGCAUAAAUUAUUUUAAGAAAACUUUCAACAGACUAUGUCAACUAAAGAAGCACAGAUCAGUUUGCAAAUUCCUCUUUGGAACAAAAAGGUACCAGUUGCCUUUAAGAGAGGACAGAUUAACAAAGUACAAUAGUGAUAAACAUACCUAAGAAUUAUGUUAGUUAUGUUACCAAUUGGUAAGGCUGAAUUCAAAAAAAAAAAAAAAAAGUUUGGCCAAAACUAUUCCCUGAGAUAUGUAGAUUGUAAACACAAUGAAGGAAAAGAAUAUAUGUUCACCUUUUUUCCUUUUUAUUUCCCCAUAAUAGUAUCCAGUCUAAUGUAGUAGGUACUAAAUGUAUGCUUGUUAAAUGAAAAUAUCCACAAGAUAUAGCUUUAGUAUUUAGUAUCCAUUAACAUUAAAUCUCUUGGAUAUUUCUCAGACUUUUCCUUGGUUUAUUUGAAAUGAAAAGAUACCCCAUAAAAAUAUUAGGUGACUAUACUUAAAUGUUCUAUAAUAGAACAUUUACUUUUUAUAGCUUUUGAAAUACCAUUCAUCCUUAUUCUUAUAAACUGGAUAUUUAAGAGUGGCCAUAGACCUACUAUUUCCCUCAUGUUAUAUUGUAUAUUCUCAAUGAUGUUCUUAACAAUAUCAGUUUGAACACAGAGCUCUAUUUGUGCUGUUUAUUUAAGUUAUAUAUUGGUUAAAUAUAUUUUUAAAUUUGGUCAUUACAGUCAACAAAACUGUGAAUAUAUUUCAUGCAUUUUCUCAAUAUCAGGAAUAAAUUCAUUAUUCAUUAAAUAAA